AUGGACAGGAGGGAGAGAGAGAGAGAGAGAAUGUCUGGGAAGCUUAGAUACUCCAUAACAGAAGAAAACCCAGAUCUGCAGAAGCAGAUUGGGUGCAUGAAUGGAAUUUUCCAACUCUUCGACCGCCACCAAUUCCUUGGCGGCAGACGCAUCACCGGCCACCACCACAAGAGGCUACCACCAGGUAUUGUCUUUACCAUGGCUAGUCUUCAUUUUGAGGGACAUGUUUUUCUUCAAUAA